AUGACUAACCACCACCUUCACCACCACCUCCACGCCCCGCUCCGCUCAACUCCGCAGUCUUCUUCCUCCUCGUCAUCUCAGACUUUCACAUCGAAGCUCCUCCUCCUCCUCACUCUCCUCCCUCUUUCGCUCGCAGCCUUAGCCUUCAUUCUCCAAUGGCGCGGUGGCAUCCCCGACCCCACCACUCGGUGGUCCCCACCUGGUUCCCACCACCUCUUCCCCGGCAUGGACGCCUCUCCUCUCUCCUCCGCUGUUGUUCACUCCACGCCGUCCGAUUGCCUCAGCCUCGGCCGUUCAGCCUCGCCUUCGUUUCCCUACUAUCAGAAUUGGAAGUUUGAUUCUGUGUCCAAUUUGAGACCAAAGAUAUGUAUUACUACGAGUACUUCAGCUGGCUUAGAUCAGAUUUUACCAUGGAUGUUUUAUCACAAGGUCAUUGGAGCUACUACCUUUUUUCUUUUUGUGGAAGGAAAGGCUGCAUCUCCUGAAGUAGCUAAAAUUCUGGAGUCCAUUCCUGGAGUAAAAGUGAUAUACAGAACAAAACAGCUUGAGGAGCAGCAAGCUAACAGCCGAAUUUGGAAUGAGACUUGGCUGUCCAGUUUCUUUUACAAACCUUGCAAUUAUGAGCUAUUUGUGAAGCAAUCUCUCAAUAUGGAGAUGGCUAUUGUCAUGGCAAGGGAUGCUGGAAUGGACUGGAUAAUUCAUCUUGACACGGAUGAGUUACUGCACCCAGCUGGUGCCAAGGAGUAUUCUUUGAGGCAGUUGCUGCUUGACGUGCCUAGGAAUGUGGAUAUGGUUAUUUUCCCGAACUAUGAGAGCAGUGUUGAACGCGAUGAUAUUAAGGAACCUUUUACUGAGUCAGCUGCUCGAAUCCAAGAUCAUCUCCGUCCUAAUGGUGCACACAGAUGGCACAAUUAUAUGAAAACCCCAAAUGAGGUCAAAUUUGAAGAGGCUGCUGUUCUACACUACACAUAUGCCCGAUUUUCAGACUUGACUUCUAGACGUGAUCGGUGUGGCUGCAAGCCAACAAAGGAAGAUGUGAAAAGAUGCUUUAUGUUGGAAUUUGACAGAUCUGCAUUCAUAGUUGCUUCGACUGCAACCAAGGACGAAAUGCUGAAAUGGUACCAUGAACACAUUGUAUGGGAUGACAAAGACAUAAAAUUGAAACUUUUGAGAAAAGGCAUUUUGACUCGAAUAUAUGCUCCCAUGGUCAUAAUACAAGGACUACGGGAGUCGGGAGUGUUCAGCUCUGUUAUUGCAUCUGCCCCAACAGCUCUCUCAAAAGAAAAGUUUUUGUUGACAAUUGAUAGUAGCAACUCUUCUAGAGCUACUGCCUCCCAAUCCCUCCCAUCGAGGAAGAUUGGCAGAAUUGGAGAGAGUAAGGCUACUAUCAGGAAGGCCUUGGAAGUUGACGCAGCUGAAUUUGAAGAAGCUGCUGUUCCACCAUUGUCGCCACCCGGAAUGGAUGACAACCAUCUCAGUGUACGAGUGUAA